AUGGCCAACUAUGCCGCCGUGUCCAAUGCCAAGUUCAACGAAGACAAAUCGGAGGCCUUUUCGCUGUCUGGUCGUCGGUCGCUGGCAUGGGUGAGGGCCUUCGAAGAAAUCAACGUUCACACCUACCACCACCAAGGCUCCACUGCGGCUUUUCGGUACUUGGGUCUGUAUUUUGCAUACAACCAAGCGCAACGGGCCCAAACGGAAGAAAUGCUGCUCAACUCUGUUCAAACUCAAUGUGCCAUCUACAGUCAACGCCAAUUGUCUAUCAUGGGUCGCGUUACCAUUGUCAACAGUCUGAUUCUAUCCAAAAUAUGGUACAGCCUUCGAAUGCUCAGGCCGACCAAAAGGUUCUUAGAGAAGGUCAAGUCGUGUGUCUACCAGUUUGUCUGGAAAAAGAAGCGGCCGUUAAUACGCAAGGAUCUCAUCUUCCUGCCUAAAUCUAGGGGUGGUCUUGCCGUUCUCGACCCUUCUCUCCAACAGCAUAUACUCCAAAAACGCUGGCUCAAUUAUCUCGUCGAACCGCAGAAGUAUCCGUCUUUCCUGCUACCUUUCUUGAUCUCACAUCUGUCACUGCUCCCAGGGUCCUCAGACUUCCCCUACAUGGCUUUCCUCGAUGCUGAAUGCCGCAAGUCCUCUCUGCUACAUAAGGAUCUUUCCAUUUGGCAUUCCAUCUUCGCAUCGUAUGAUUACUUCGAGUUCCCUGACCUUCGCCAGGUUGAGGUCAUUCCACUACAGACCAUCAUGCGAUUGCCUCUGCACAAACUCCUCACUGGGCUUAACGAUGAUCACUGGCUCAAACGUCACCCCAAGUUCCCCGCCAACAAGUUCCUGCUCUUCGAUAGCCAUCAACAACGGUUACGUCUCCGUGUUGCGUCUGAAUAUCCUGUCUACCGGCAUCUUUGUGCCUCCCUGUACCAAGAAAUCCUAGUACUCAAAACAGUUCAUCUGGUUCCUGGUGUCUGGCCCCACAUCCUGCACCCCCCCUCCCACUCCAGCUUGGACUGGACAAACUUUGACUUCUUUGGUACUCUGGGCAUCACCGAUAAGUGGAAGCUGUAUCACCCCAGCACAUAUCGCCAACAGCAACAACAGCUGGUCCCAUCAGAACAUCGGUUUACCAAUGUCAUGGUCAAAGCACUGUGGUCCUCCCCUGCCCACCCUGCUGCCAGAACGGUUCUUUAUCGGGCACUGUCGCGAUGCAUCCCACAUAAGACCUAUCUGCGCACCAUUGGCUCUGUGGAAACCCCCAUCUGUCCCUUUUGUGCCCAAGGCAUUGAUACAUUGAGGCAUUUUAUUGUCGACUGUCCUGUCAAAUGGCAACUAUGGCAAACCGUCCUGUCUCAGUACUACUCCAACUUUCCUCUGACAUCUGAAAUCAUCUAUGGCACAGUGCGUUAUUUGCAUCUCCCUCACUUUAUCAAAGAUCGAUCCAAGUAUAUUGCCGUCAUUUCUACCAUUUUCUGGCAGAUGUGGAAUCUAUACUGGCUCCACGGUAGCCAAAAUCCUUCACCCCUCUCCGCUGCCUCAAUUGAGCGCUUUCCUUCCAGGACAGUUUGUCUUAUUGACAAACUGCUUCCGACCAACACAUAA